AUGAUCUUCUCAUCAAACAACAGGAGCCGAGAUAUACGCACACUGGGAUUUCUGUCGUUGGCAUGUUUUCUGUAUGGCUGGUCGGUCUCUUCGAUUGGUAGUGUGCAAAACGCAGCUAUAUGUCAAACUGGGGAUGUUACGCGUAAUAGAUUAGAAUGCUUGAAUAUUUCAGACACAAGCUACUCAUUUGCAGUUGGUCCUUUCUUUGCUGCAGGCGGUUUGGUCGGUAGCUUGGUGAUUUCACCUUAUCUGGGCAAUCGUGUGGGCUGGACAAACCUUUCCCGCGUAGCAUUCAGCGGAUAUUUUAGCUUGAUUGGUCAAGUAAUCAUCGCAAUUACCCCAUUUGCAUCCCUUCUCUUCGUUGGCAGGCUGCUCUCUGGAAUCAGCGCGGGCGUUGCAAUCGUUGCCGUUCCAAUUGAGCUCGAGAGGAUGAAGGACAGCGAGGACAGCUACCUAGGACUGCUCACACAAAUCUCGAUUGUCACUGGUCUCACCGUCUCUCAAGCGUUAAGUUUGGCCCUUGCCAAGCCGACAUACUGGCGUCUUAUGCCGAUGAUUGCAGGACUGAUAUCAGGUAUCCAAUUGCUUCUACACAGAAGAUACUCUCCGUUGCCAACAGAGGAUUACGAGGAGAAUGAUGAAGUUGUGCCUCAAUUAUCAAUGCUUGAUGUCUUAAAAGACAGGGAAAUGAGACCAAAGCUCAUUAAAGCAGUCGUAUUACUUGCAUCUCAGCAGUUCGCUGCUAUAAACAUCAUACUAUUCUACUCCAAAAUGAUCUUUAACAGUGACCUAAUCAGCAUGCUGAUAACAUUGGUGAAUUUUUUCAUGACAUUUCUCACGUUACUCAUACUAAAUAUGCUCAGCAAGAGGUCAUUAUUUAACGUAAGCUAUUUUGGUGCAAUUGUAUCACUGGGGAUACUAUCAUUGUCUCUAGAGCGUAAUUACAUGGUGACGAGUAUAGUAAUAUACGUCUACAUAGCCAGCUACUCGAUCGGAUUGGGACCACUACCAUUUGAUAUUCUCGGGCAGCUCUCCACAGAAGAAACAAAAAAUUCGUUAUCAAGCAUUGGGUUGAGUGUGAACUGGAUAACAAACAUGAUAAUGUCAGCAGGGUUUUCGAUAUUGGUUGGUGUGCAGUUGCUCUUAAUGUCUUAUGGUGACGACCUGAACGAUGGCUUAGAUUAUAACUUUGAUAACAUUGAGUCUGAAAAUGAAGGCAGCUUCGUAGAUGAGGAGUUCGCUGCUGGUGAUGAUAAUGAGGAAUCGCUACAGCUAGCUACUGGGCAGAAGAGAGUGAGGGAUGAUGUAGAGCAGCCCCAGCAGAAGAAGAAGAAGACUAAAAAGACCAAGCAUUGGUCCAGUCAAGUGCCUCAAGUAGCGAAAUCUGCGCAGUCGAGUCAAUACGACUUUUUAAAAGAUCAGCUUAAGUCUGUUUAUGGCAAAUUAUCCGAUAUUGAGAUCGAGGAGAGGGUUAUUCCAGAGACAGCGAUUGAUGCUACACACGAAUACAGUCUUCCUAGGAAUAAGGAUACUAUUACAGACUUUAUAAGCACACAGUUUAGCAAUUUGAAGGAUUCGCUUAGUAAGCCAAACAAGCAGAAGGGUAGUCCGAGAUUGCUUGUUAUAUGCUCAUCUGCGAUUCGUUGCGCUGAUGUUGUUCGUUCACUCAAACAGCUCAAUCCAUCAAAGGACAUUCCAAUUGCCAAGUUAUUUGCUAAGCAUAUAAAACUGCAUGAGCAGAAGGAUUUCUUGCAGUCGAAUCAGACUGUUAUCGCAGUCGCAACACCAAAUCGAGCAAAAUCACUUAUAGAGGAUGGCACAUUGAAUACAAAGUACCUAAGUUUGAUAUUACUUGAUUCUAGUUAUACAGAUGAUAAGCAGCGGACAUUGUUUGAUGUACCAGAGACCAAAACUCAGCUAUUCGAUCUACUCAAUUUGAAAAGCAUAUAUGAGAGGUUCAAGGGAGAAAUUGGCGGACAAGGAGACAAAGGACUGGAAUCUAGGUUACUCUGGGGGCCCGGUCACGCGGUUUAUAAUGAACAGACCAAUGAAGAUUAUAUUGCAAAAUAUAAUUUAGAUUCUGGAAUAUUCACUAAAUUGGUUAUGGAUAAGUUACCUCAAGGUGGUCUUGGCAAUCACGGUAUUGAUCUUGUUGACAACUCAGAUGGUUCUGCUGAUAUUUUUAUGGUUAAUCACGCUAGAAAUGUUAGCGGUGAUACAAAAUCACCUACUAUUGAAACUGUUGAAGUUUACAAGACUAGUUCAUCAAAUCAACUUACUCACUUGAAAACUUUCAGUGAUCAAAACGUCAUGUACUCACUCAACGCUGUCGCUGCUGAUGGAAAAGGUGGUAUUUACUUCACUAACGAUAAACCAACAAGAGUUUGGAGAGAAUAUGUCGAUCUUGCACUUCUUGCUACAAACUUCGCUACUUCAACACUUGGUCACUGUAAUGCCUCAGGUGAAUGCAAACCAGUUGGUACAUAUACAUCACUCAAUGGUAUUGCUAGAAUCGAUCAAGAUCAUUUCGUACUCAACCUCCAAAAUGAAGGUAAACCUUUAAUCAUGCAAAGGCAAUCAGACGACACAUUGAUUCAAGAACAACAAUUCCACAUUGGCUCACCAAUCGAUAAUGUCUCAUUCGAUCCAGUUACCAACGAGGUCUACGUCGUCGCGUUCCCAAAAGUAUUUGAUACACUGAAAAGUAUGAAAAACCCUCAUAUACAUAAAUCAGCAGUCCAGAUCUAUCGUCUUUUCAGGAUGGAAAUAAGCGAUGAGCAGGUCAGAAAAUUGUACUCUGAAGAACCUGUUCCUGGCAACAAGUACUACAGAUGGAGAGCUGAGUUAGUUUUAGAAGAUGAUGGAUCGAAUGUAUCAUCUGUUACAACAGCUUUCAGAGUCAAGGACAAGCUGUACUUGGGUGGUUAUGUCAAUCCAGUUGGAUAUAUCUGUGACAUUUGA